AUGGAUUUCUUCUUUUCGUGUUAGUUUUUAACGUAACAAUAGUUUUUAUCUCCGAUCAACAUUUACAGAUUCUUCUCCACUCGUCGGCACACAACGGAAAGCUGUAGAAGCAUGCAUCUCCCGUUGGAUGAAGCGUCCACGGACUCUGAAAAUACGGUCGGAGAGAAAAGAAUUUCGUUCUUCUUCAAACUAACACGACAGGUUUCGGUAUUCCGUUGUGUGGUGACGGCGAAAAAUCUGUGAACGUUGAUCGGAGAGAAAAAAGAUUGUUACGUUAAAAACUAACAGGAAAAAAAGAAAUCCAUGUCCUUUAGUUGCUUGUUCGACUUUUCCGACGAUGGAAAACCUGAAAAUUCUCAUAUUCAUCGAAUGAGAAAAACCCGGAUGAAAACCGAAGUUUCUGCUGAUUUUUAGGCGAAAAAUAAAGACAAAGACGAAGAACAAUAAAGCGUGCGGCAAUGUUGCAAAAAUCGCGGGCAGCGAUAUAUGCGUUUGGGGGGCCGGGCUUUGGCACGCUGCCAGAUUCGAUUCCAACGUCGAACUUUUUUUUUUCAACAGUGACUUUUGUGAAAAGGUUUUGUGAAAAGUUGAGAAGGCUCUAGUAAGUUCUGAAACAUGAGGAAAGGUUUCAGAGAACUUACAUCGCGAGACAAACUUUUGAGAAAAUCAAAAAAUCUCAUAAACUUUUGGUAGCCUUUUACAGGUGAAAUUUCAGAUUAAAUUAACAACUCAGGCAAAUCGUUUGUAAUCUAGCUAGGAGAUUUCGUAAUCUAAACCGAGUUCCGAAUCUAGCUAGGUGAAAACGGAAUCUAAACUAAACCUAGCUAGAUUUCACUGUAAAAACGAAGGCGCGAUCUCGAAUCGCGCCAGCAGACGUAAUUGCUAAUCUAAUUAGAAAAAAUCCGAAUCUAAAGUCAACCUAAUUAGAUUGACGGGAAUUUGAACAGAAAUUUGAACAGAAGGAAGACACGCCGUUUUCGAUCGAUUUCGAACGUUUUUUUUUUAGCUGUUAUACUAUUAUUUUUACAUUUUUGUGCAGAAAUGUGUCUAUUUCAGACGGCAAUCAUGCCACGUGUGAAAAUAACAACUCGAUCUCCGCAACUCCGCACGUGCAUGAGUAUGUUUCCCGGAGCACGUAUAACACGGACUUCUGCUUUCAGCAACCACAGUCGUGCGACGAGCAAGAAAGAAUUGAAGAGAGCGAAAGGAGUGUAG